CGCACUUCCGGUUCUACUUCCUGACAUUUUUCCUCAGUAAAACGCGGGUAAAUGGUGACAAAGAAGAUUGCUAAGCUUUUGCCAAGAAGCUCGUUCAUCCACUGCAGCACCUCGCUGAUAAACAGCCGGCAGUGAUGGCCUGUAAGAGGGGAGCUCUCAUUGUGCUGGAGGGAGUGGACAAGGCCGGGAAAACGACCCAGUGCAAGAGGCUGGUUCAGGCGCUGCAGCAGAGCGGCCGACCCGCAGAGAUGAUGAGGUUCCCCGACAGGACCACGACGAUCGGACAGCUGAUAAGCGCCUACCUGGAGAAGAAGAGUGAUUUGGAGGACCACACGGUGCACCUGCUGUUCUCCGCAAACCGCUGGGAGCUGGUGCCUCAAAUGAGGAAGAAGCUGGAGCAGGGCAUCACUCUGGUUGUGGAUCGGUACGCCUUCUCUGGAGUUGCUUUCACCAGUGCGAAGCAGGGUUUCUGUCUGGACUGGUGCAUGAAACCCGACGUGGGACUGCCAAAGCCGGACCUUGUUAUAUUCCUGCAGCUCAGUCCGGCUGAGGCUGCUCUCAGGGGACAGUUUGGAGAGGAGAGAUACGAGACCAGUGUUUUCCAAAGAGCUGUUCAACAGAGGUUUGAACAGCUGAUGAAGGAGCCCUCUGUCAACUGGCAGGUGAUCGACGCCUCUCAGAGCAUUGAGGAUGUGCACAAGAACAUCACCACCCACAGCCUCAACACUGUCAACGCAGCUGAGAACCUGCCACUCGGAGAGCUGUGGAAGCAAACCUGAAA